GCCUAAACAGCAGCAGCAGCAGAAUGACUGUCAACUGCAAGAAGUAGCUGUCCGUUAAUCAUCUCUCCAGCAGUAUAAGCUAAUGAGCUCCACUGCAGAAAUGGAGGCUGGAGGAGGAGAUGAGAGUCUAGAUGUGAAGGGGGCAGCAGCAGCAGCAGCACCAGAACCGAGCUUUUCUGGACACCGAUGGACUUCUGUAAAGCCAGUUUGGACUUUGCUAGAGGAAGCGGCCCAAAUAAAAACCGAAGGGAACGCUUUCUACAGGGAGAAGAACAUUCGCUCAGCCAUCGGGCGUUAUCACCGGGCUCUGCUGGUCCUUAGGGGUCUCGACUCUGAUGUGAUGACGUCACUGAAAGGGUUUGGACCUGAGAUCCCUGCUCUCACACCUGAACAGGAGGCUUUACUGAGAAACACACAAGUGGACUGCUACAACAACUUAGCUGCCUGUUUGCUGCAGAGACAGAAUGUCGACUACUCUCGUGUUUUGGACUACAGUCUGCGAGUGCUGCAGUGGCGACCAGGUGAUGUCAAAGCACUAUACAGGGCAGGAGUAGCCACUCUGGAGAUGGGAGAUGCACAGACGGCCAAACAGUACCUCACUGAGGCCUGCAGAGAGCAGCCGAAUGAUGCCAAUGUGAGGAAGCACCUGCAGAGGGCUGAGGAGAAACUGAAUCUGGACUUGCAAAAAGAGAGGGCCAUGUACCGAGGCAUGUUUUCCCUCAGCCUGAAGAGCAGCCCAGCAGACGGGAUUAACCAAACAAACAGCGCCAGCGAGGAAGUUUGAGCCCACCGGCUCAACUCGCCAAAUGAAGCCUCAAACUGAGAGACGCUGUGUUCAACCUCAGCUGAUCACAAACCAACUAAAGAAUAUUCUCACAUCUUGAAUCGUGUUACUUUGUCUCCUUCAGGUGUUUAUGAGGCGAGCAUAGGAACUAGGGAUGUAAAUUAUCCAGAAUACUCGGGAAGCAGUCAAUAGGGAACUAAAGAUGUCGCUUCUGAAAAUAGAAAGGCGAGGAUGGGAAAGUUAGUUUCCUAGCAACACAGAAGCAAAGCUGCAUUUCAGUUUGGAUUUUUCACAAAAAAGUGAGACUCAUGCACUACUCAAAGUUCUGACUAUGCCUUCGUGAUCGCAGUUUUCCGGUCUGUGAAUGUUGAUUUUGUGAGUUUUUCCAAGUAAAAUAUUUUUUUAUAAAUAACCUCCAAGCUCUCAUGUCUCUUUAACAAACUUACUUGAUUGUAAUAGAUUAUAUAAUGUUGGUAUUUCAGGCACAGUACAAGUUUAAUCAUAGGUUUCUUUUUAUUAAUCAUAAGCCAUGAGAAGCCACAUUUUGUCUCAAGUAACUCAUCAAUAUUUUUAAUCAUUCAAUAUUUAUUUGAAAAUCCUGAGCACAAUAUCAAGUUAAAGAGUAUUUGCUUGGUUUUGGUCAUCAUCUGGCCAAUGUGAUUGUACUUCAGAGGCACUGUCGCCCAUAAACAAAGAGAAAUAUCACAUUCUCACAAUAGCUAUAAUCACUGAACAAGUCACAGAGCAGCAUGCAGAGGGGUGUACACAUACACAUUCAUACUCAUGGUUACAGGAGGAUUCUGCUUAGAGCCAAAAACAAGAGUUCAUAUUCACCAUCUUUAAACUGGGCAACUCUUCAGCCCAGAAUAAUGUUCUGUUGAGCUGUGAAAUUCUUUGAAACAGCAUUCACACUAUGAAAAACUCCACUAAAACCCACACUAAUAAAGUUUUUUUUUUCAAAAGAUUUGUAGUUCUUUGCAGCCCCUAAAAGGAAUGAUUCACUGCGAAAUUAUCACCCAUGUUUUCUUCGCUGACAUUUCUCUGAGAUCCUGCUGCACCCUUCAGUGCUCUUGCUCACUGCUGUAGGGUACACAAUAAGGUUAUCAGAAGUAUUGAUACUUUCCAAAUACCACAUGUUUAAAAGGAUACAGUCUCCAUAAAUUAUACAUUCGAAAGUAGGGUUUAGCCGAGUACUCAGAUGAAAUAAUAUUAGGUGCAGAUAAUCAUCCAAGUGAAAUAUCUGUCCUCAUUUGGGUAGCCGUAUUCAAUCUCACACUCCUGUGAUCAAAAAUGAUCUGAAGCUCAAUCCUGAGAUUGUUCUGGAUAUAGUUUUCUAAUAAAUAAUAAAUAUAGAAACUCCUAAUCAAACCGUAUCAGUAUCAGGGGCACGUUCUAUCUGAAAACUGCAGUUUCCAGACUAAGCAUGUUACCUCAAAAUGGUAUUAAACAGGCUUUGAAGUAUGCUUUCUCGGGUUCGGUGGGUGUCAGACGUGCUACCCAAUCAGCAGUGACGUGUAUGUAAACCAAAUUUAGGUAGAUCCUCAGUUACUGUGCAUACAGUAUUUGUUUUGGUCCCAUCCACUUUCAGAUUAAACCACACCUACUUCCAGUUCAAUCUCUGCUCACUCCAAGCACAGAUGUGGAUACAGAUAAUUUAGUUGAGUGAACAGAAACAGAUAAUCGUCUACUCGCUCAUCCAUAUUCCAAAGCAUCAGGAGUACCAGAGGUAUAUAUUAAAAAAAAAAAAUCUACAAUCCAAUUUUCAACCCAAGGCUGCACAACUAAAACAGGGAGGAAAAAUUAUGUCAACCUGUGGCUGUCACGAGAUUCUCUCCAACAACAAAACCACCACUUUACAUGAGCA